AUGUCAAGCGAAAAAAAAGGCAGUAAGAUUCACGUGUUUGUCAUAAAUGAUGUGAAGAAUGAGGAGUGGGAGAAGGAGGAGCUCGACGAUACGUACAACGCCGAUGGUGAUGACACACCUAAAGGAGGCAGUCCCAAUGAUGAGGAUGGCGUCGGGGGAGAUAAGCAGAAGGUAAUAAACUCAAAAAAGAAUAAAAAAAAGGAAAUCAUAAGACACAAAAUGUACCACCCUCAGGUCAAAAUUGUAAAAGUCAGUUGUGGAAAAUCCAUCAUUGGGUUUCUCUCAGUAGUAGGAAAAAUAUACUGUUGGCAAUUGAAUGGUUUUGAAGACUUUGAUAAAAAUGUACCCUACCUUUUAGUAGAUCCUGUUUUAAAAAAUAAAAUAAUUUACGAUGUGAGCAGUGGAGAUAGCCACAUUGCCUUUAUAUCGAAAGAGGGAGAUUUGUUCACGUAUGGGGAUAACACCUAUGGGCAGUUGGGCAAAGGGGAUGAUACUGCGUUUGAUUGUGAGGAUGGGUUAGGAUCUACCCGGGAUUGCACACCAGAUUCUACUUCAGAAACGGUCCAUUCGUUUUCCACGUUGCAAAAAGACGUGGGAGAGUCUAGCAACCCUGAAGAGGUAGGCACCAGAACGAAAAAGAAAAAACAUGAAGUGAACAGAGUGCACAAAGUAGAUGUAGAAAAUAACAUCGUCAAAUAUGUCUACUCAAGGGAUAGGUACACCCUAUAUCUGACCAUCGACGGGUUGUUGUAUGGGUUCGGUUUGAUAAACGAGAAUUUCAUCCAGGGUGAAAAAAAUAAAGACAUGAGGAAAAAAAUACUAACAAAGCCAUGUCUGAUCGAUACAAAUAAUAUAGCUUUUAAAAAGAUUGCCAUUGGAAAUGAUUUCAUCCUGGGAAUCAGUUUUAACAACUUACUCUAUUCCUGGGGGGACAACACCAAUGGUGUACUUGGAUUCGAUGACUGUGCAGAGAGUCACGAACCCAAAUUAGUUGACAGCCUCAAGAACGUAACUUAUGUGAGUGCCGGAAAGGUAAGUCUUUGCAAAACGAUGGAAGACGAUUUGUAUAUUUGGGGAGGGACCUACGGAUGCAAACCUAGUAUGGUCAAAAAUAAAUUCAGCCAAAUGAUUAUUAACAAAAAUUUUAUCAUUGGCUUGUGUGCAAAGAAAAACAUCUGGGUAAAAAAAAUUGAUACGCUUUCCCAUGGCUACUACAUUAACAAUUUAAAAAUAGACUUGCUUUGUUCCUACGACAAUUUGAUCAUUGGUGUGGAGAAUCAUGCGGAGGGGGAAGUAGAACCCGUUCACGCAGAUGCAAAGCUAGCUAUUGAGAGCGGGUCGAUAGGGAAAGGAAAAGGCGAAGGGGAUGAACUGAACUACGCUGCAGAUAAUGAUGAAGCAUGUAACGGUGUGGACGUAGCAGACGAUGCGCAUGGUAGGGAAGCCCAUUUGACUGGUGGAAAUGUCCCCCCUCAGCAAGGAAAGGGCGCCGAUCAGGCAGGCUCCCCGAAUGACAUCCCCGUGAGCACAGUGCCUACCGAGGGGAAAGUGCCCCCCUCAGACGUGAAACAGGACGUCGCUGAAAAAUGUGAUGCACAGGGGGAUAAUGAGGAUAGCUGCCCAAAUGAACACCUCACAGGGGAAGAAGCAAAAUCGAAUGGCAUCCCCCAGGUAGGAUCAAAGUCUGGUUCCGCUAACACGAAUCAAUUCGAGUGUGACGGGAUGACCAACAGUGAUGCCCCCAAAGUUGACUCAACAAAUGGAUCUUAUUACACCGAGACAAAGUCUCACUCAUGGAACUCGAAGGAGAAUACAACCCAUGAGACAGAUCCAGAGGGAAACACCUACCACAAAUUGAUAGAUGCAGAACGGGAAGAGGAAGAUUAUUCUUAUGGAGACUACGAUGAUGACGAAGGGCACUUUUUAGCAACCAACUUUUAUGGAAAGCCAGAAAUUGCCAACCAGAGUGAUGUGGGUGCAGGGAUAACCACCAACACGACAGCCAAAGGAAAGGAAAAAGUGAAUUUAAAAUCAGCACUUAAAAAAUUCCCUAGCAGUGAGAGACUUAAAAAGAGUGUUUCCUUUUCGAAUUACGUUUACGACUUUGCCAAGAGCAACUACGAACUGAUGAGUGGAGUGUCCAGCGGCGAGGAGACGGAAGCGACGGACGCGAUGAACCCCUCUUCCAUUUUCCAAUAUGACGCCCCACGUGGAAGAGAAGCAAUCGGGUCAGAAUGUGUCAACGCACAUGUGGGGGCCAAUAAUGCAGCGACAACAACCCAUCCCCCAGAUGAGGACAUUUUUGUGCACUGUCUUGAAAAAAUUCCAAAUAUGAAUCCUUCGGAGGAUAAAUUGAAUAGCCAGUUCAUUUGGGAUGACCCCCCACAGGAAUGCACACCUCAGGAGACUUCGUUAAAUGAAGAGUGGGACAAAGGUAUCGCUGGACAGACGAUAGGUGGCGAAGUAAAAAUGUAUGUGGGAAGUCUGCACAAGGAAGAGGAGUUAACAGGAGACAAAAAAUAUGUGUCACCCCUUAUCAAUGACUCUAAUAAAAUUGGACCAAUGGAAAAUUUCCCCAGCGACAGUGACCAAACCGGCUCCACUAAAAGGGGAGGUGCAAUCGACGAGGAGCACAGUUAUAACGUAGGGGGACACAAAGGAGGAUUCACAUUUGAUGGAAGCAAGUGGGGAAGUGGGUUCGACUGGAAUGGAAGCGGCAAAAACGCAGACAACUUCGGCGCGAAACUGUUCCUACGAAGUGGCGACAAGAAUGGGAAGACAGAUGCAGGGUCCCUUACCUCCACCGUGAACAUUUCAUUAAGGAAAAAAAAUCAUGUGUGUGCAAAAUGGAAAGCUCUACAAAAAAGGAAACAAUUGAAAAUAAAAUACCAUAUAUAUAAAAAAGUAAAAUGUGGCUUAAAAAAAAAAAUGCUGAAAGUUGAAAAUGACAUACACCCUAUUGGCACAAAACUAACCCUACUGCAUCCCUCCCAAGUGAAACGCAAAAAAAUGACCAAGCUGAAAAGGACACCUGCCCAGUUUAAGGAAGAACAAAAGGACCAUGAUAAUGUAGACUCCCCUUUUGUAGAAAGUAAUCAUGUAAAUGGUACGAAUGCGAUUCUCCCCUCAGACAUUUGCCAAUGCUGUGGUGGUCGCUCCACCCAUAGUGUAAACUUACAAGUGGUUAUGAAGAAAGACAGUACGUAUAAGAAGGGAGAUGCAGGAGGUAUCCCACUGGAAGAUAGCUGCACAAAAAAGAAGACAACCUCCAUGUCGGUGAAUAAAAAAGCUUCCAUCUGUGAGAAUAACCCCUCUGUGAAGGACAAAAACAAGAAAAAAAGUCUCAACUCUGAAAAUGGAACAAAAAUGAAAACGAGCAAAACGGGGAAGAAGCAAGUCUUGUCGAGGAGCAAGGAUAAAUCUGUGUGCAGUAACAAAAGUUGUGCUUCCAAGGGGGGACCAUUUUGCAUAACCUGUACUGAUCAACAUGAUGAAAGAGGUACAAAUGCAAAAGUGAAUGUGGAGUGUAUGAAACAACCUGGGGAGGGAGCAAAGAACACGCAAGACGCUUCUAUCCCAUUAGGAUUCUCUCAUCCAAUUAUGAAUGUGCAAAAUUGCUCCGUUAGUAGAUGUAGAAUGGAUAGUUGUGACAAAAAUACUUCUUGUGGUCAACAUUUCCCUCCAAAGAGAAGCAUAAGUGCGGGGGGUGCCAACCCAAGGGGUGGCGAAGGGUGCGAGUCGUGCGAAGGGAAUGUGGAUAUGAAGCUGUGCAGGAAGACACAGGGCGUUAAAAAGGACACAAGCAGGUGCCACAGCGAGGGGGAAAUGGUUACUCGUUCGUGUAGUGAGGUGGUGAAGAAAAGAAGCGAUAAGCAAAAGGGUGGUAAACUUCCAGGGGAGAAAAAAACACACCCAUUGGGGGGAAGCCACGUGGCACGAAUAGAGUACACGAGCGACCAAGAUUUGUGCAACUACCACGGAGGAGACAAUGCGCUAGAGGCAAACUCACAAAUGGUGCUCCACGAUAAUACGGCGCACACACAUGUCGAGGCAGGAGGAAAUGUACGCACGUCCCCCAAGAAGAAAUUGAAAAGGAGGACAAGUGAAGGGGCCCUAUGUCUUUAUAAUCGAUGUGGGUCAAAUGACACAAAGGUGGCAGUCCCCAAGAAAGGGAAGCAAAAUGGAAGCGGAGAGACGCUCACCACGUCUAGUAAUGACCCCGUGAGUAACUGCAAUAGGAAAAUUGGCACACGAAGUGGGUCGAAGGGAAGAGCGAAAGGUGGAAAAAUGACCCAGGCCGAGGAAGAACAAGACAUUGCGUGCGAUGAUGAAGAGGAGGGGAAGAAGAAACAAAAAAGAAGUACAACUACCAAGAAACUAAUAAGUGUCGACUCGAAUGAAAGCAACGGAAGGGAUGUUCUUAAAAAAUUGGGCAGACAAAUCAGACGCAUGAAAAACGACAUUGCUGUGGAUAAGGGCUCAGGUAAAGGUGAAAGGGGAGGAAAAGGCAGAGUGCUGAAGGGUGAGGGAGGAUACACAGGUGAAAUUGAACUCAUCGACGAGGAUUACUCCCGCAACGCAAACAAGGAGUGUGAUGUGUUGUUCCACAAGUUGAGGGGAAAACUACGUGGUGAUCAUGCAGACGCAGAGACAACCCUCCUCGGGAAGGAAAAAAAACGCAUGAAGAAACUGCUCAAAGAUGUGCAAUACAUUUAUGAAGAGUACAAAUAUAUUAAAAAAGAAAAAGAAGAAAAUGAAAAAAAAAAAAACUACUUAAAAAAGGUGUUGGAAAAUACGGUUAUGAAAACGAACCAAGUAAUUAGAUUGAACAAAAAUUCAUUUCAAGUUUAUAUCGACAAAAUGAGAAAAGAAAAUUUAUUUUUAAAAAAUGAAUUAGAUGAAGAAUCUCACCAGCAUCACUAUGACCUGCAGCAGCUAGCCAACAAAAUUACACACUUGGAAAAAGUGAAAGAUAUUAUUUCGAAGCAGAAUGAGGAAUUCACCAAAAGGAACAUGACUCUAACAAUUGAAUGUGAGAAAUACAAAAGGGAGGAAGUCGAAAUGAGAAAUGCUGUAGAUAAUUAUAAACAGAAUUUGGAAAAUGAAAAAAAAAAAAAAAAAUAUAUUUUACGCAAAAUUGAACAUUCUUUGAAGAGUUGGGAAACGGAGUACAACGAGCUGAAAGACAAAUACAACUCGAUGAAGGCACAGAACGAGGAGCUGCUCAAGCGUAGCGACGAAUUGGCAAAGCGGAACGAUGACCUGGUGCAGAGAAAUGAUGACUUGGCGGACAGAAACGACGAUUUGGCGGAGAGAAACGAACAGCUACGUGAAGAAGCCCGCGCAUUGCGGCGAGAACUGAACGCCAUGAAAGAGCUAUUCAGCGGGAACAGCGCCCAAGUUGACGCCUUAAGUGCGAAGGGGAGCCUAUUGAAAAGGGACACAACUUCUGCUCUUGCUACCGCUACUAACGCUACUAACGCUACUACCGCUACUACCGCUACUACUAACAAUAGUGCGUUAGAAGACCUCUCCAUUUACAGCAGCAGCGGCGGUAACGCCAAACGGACGCAUGGCACACAUCCGCUUAGUCAUAAACCCCGAGAACAAAAUAAGUCAAGACACACGGAAGAGAAACAAGUGUUGCAUUUAGAACAAGGGAGCACCCCAAAAAGGGAAACGUUAUCAACCCAUUUUGCAAUAUUAAAGGAUAAGUUAAAACAAAGGUGGAAGACCUCAAAGCAGGACGAUUUUCUAGCCGAUCCCAUCCUUGAGGGGAUAGUUCAAAUGGCUCUUAAACAUUUGGAGGGACAAAAUGAAGCAAGGGGUAGUGAGGAGUUGACGCCAAGCAACCUACAUCUGAGUACACUACAUGCGAAUGGGGAAGAUACUAACGCGUCAGCUAACAUGGUAAACACAACUCGUGCGGAUGAAGCGGCCAAUUCUGAAAACAGCGCCAAUCGGGAGAGUAGUGCCACCCCCCGCGGAGGGGAAGACCACCAAAACGAAAAUUUAGAGAAGGCCGUGAUGGAAGAGAUGGAAGAAACAAUGACGUCCCUUAAAGCAAUAAAGGGAAAUUACACACACGACAAUGAAGGGGAGGCUACCACACAGCAAGUGCAAGGGAACCAUUUUCCGAGCAACGAAACUACAGAGUCGAAAACGGGUACCUAUGACACGUUGUCCAGUGAAAUGCAUGUGGACUCGGACGAUAGCGUCGCUUCCCAAACGAGCAUGCGAGAGGGGGAGUUGGACACAGAAAAGAAGAAUUCUACAAAAGCGGAGGCACAAAAAUGGGUCACUCAUAAGAUGAAUUACACCUCUGCAGAUCUCACCGAAUUGACACACACAACGCAUAAUGUUGCACACUCCGAUUUGGCGAACGGGACGAACGGAGCGAAUGGAGGGAACGCACCCAGUGGGGUGGUAGAGUGGGGCGACGACGAUGGAGAAGCAAGCCAAACGGAUGAGCGACAUAUGGUACACCAACCCCUGGAAAGGAAGAAAAAAAAAAAAAAAAAAAAAAAACUUCACAGUGCUACGGAUAGCUAUAACGAUGGAGAAACGGAUGAGACGAAUGAACACCCCUUCGAUGAGCGCCUCUUAAAAACGAAAAUUCGAGGCCUCAACGAGAAGAGCGCUGCCAAGGGGGAGGGUGUAACCGCGUCCACUUCACCAUCGAACGAGGUGACCACAAAGGCCCUUGCAAAAAAGAACACACAAUUAAAGGAAAUUCAAAAGAACGAUUUUCUUCUGCUCCAUGAUGCGAACAGCAUAAAUAAAAAUAAUACAUUUGACCCAGUUGCCACAGCGAACGAUGCUGCGACCGAAAGGAAGAAGGUGGUCCAUGGUGGCGAUGGUAAAAUUGUAAAGCGCGCGAUUACUGAUGCUGUGCACAAGCAGAGUGGGCCAGCUGACAAUUCGAAGGAGAAGAAGAAGGAACUGAAUGCCAUGCUGGAUUCCAUUUUCGAUACAUCCUCGGAUCACUCGUCCAUCAACGCAAACAUGGUGAGCAUUCAGAGCUUAAUUGAGAGCAACCUCAAAAAUAUUUUCAGCGCGCAGGAUUAG